AUGGAUUGUUUGAUUCCUAUUGACUUUCACAAUUUUUGCUCCAUAUCUUACCUAUUGAAUUGAGUUGUUCGAAAAGUUCGAAAAUCAUGGAACAAGAACCGGAAAGUGGGGAGGACUCUCAUGCCCAAGCUGAAUCAGCAACUGAAGAGGAAACUCCACUUCCUGAUACAAUAUCGGAUGAGUAUUACAAUGAAAUCUGUACCCGGGCCAACGAGCUCAUUCAGACCCUCCAAAAUGAACAGCAAUUCGUGUGGGCGGAUGAAUUCCAGCGGAUUUUUAUCGUAUGCCAGGGAUUGAGGAAGUUACUGCUGGAAGAACAACACAAGAAUGAAGACCUUCAGAUGGACAUGGUGCGAUGUCAGGAGCGUAUUACAGAAGUAAUGAAACUCUCUCAGGAGGAUCAAGAGAAAAUUGCACAACUCAGAGAUGAAAUAGAAUCAGCAUGGAGUCAGACAGAUGCAGCUCAAGCAAGAGAACAAGAGGCUCAAAAGCAAAUGUACGUGAUGCUGGAUAAAUUUGAGCAACUCCAGAAAGAUGCAGAAAAAUAUUCAGAUACUAAGGAAGGACAAGAAUUAGGAACAUCAAUGGCAAAACACAAGGAAGGCAUCCUUAGGGAACGAGACAGACUUAGCAGCGAAGUAGAAGAGCUCGGAGCAAAAUUGCAGGGUCAGAAGAAUUAUGCAGAAGAACUGGAGAAAAAGAUCACAGAAUUUGAAAAUAAGAAUAAGGACCUAUACAAAUUAUUGGAUGAGACUUCAAGUGAGGCAUUCAAAGAGAAGCGGUUGCUGGAGAAUAUGAAGAUUGAAUUGCAAGAAGUGGCUGCGGAGCGUGAUCAGUAUGCGGAAGAGGCAAGAGUCUUCAAGACCAAAUUCAACGCCAUCCACAAAACCACUUUGCAGCACAAUCUUCAAAUGGCUGCCAUCAAAUCCAAUGUGGAGAGGUUGUCGACCCAAAACACAGUUCAAUCCAUGAAAAUCGCUAAACUCUCCGGUGAGUACGACAACAUCGUUCACGUGCGUGAUAAGUUGUCCCAUGAUCUCAGUGUAAAAGGAAACAUUCUCAAGUUGAAGGAAGAUGAAAACAAUAAAUUCCGUGUGGAAACAGCAAAAUUGGUAAAAUCAAAAGAAUUGCUCAUGAGAAAAAUUAUGUCAGCUGGCGUUACAAAGGUGAUAUCAGACCAAGAGAUACUGAAACUAAAGAAAAUUAUAGAAAAUUUGGAGAAAGAAUUUGAUUUGCUGAAGAAGACACACGAUAAAACCAAAUCACAAAUAGAUAACUUAACCCGCGAGCGUGAUUUGGGGAGAAAAGAUCUAAUAAAGGCUAACAGGGUGAUCGGAGAACUGAAUGAGAAGAUUUUACUUCAUGAUCAAGAGACUAAAACACUCGAACAGGAUAUUAAAGAACAUUUGAUCGUUAUUCAAAAGAACAAAGAAGCCAUAAGAAAAGCAGGAAAGGAAAGGGACAAAAAUGCAGAAGAACUUACUCUUUGGGUAGCAAAGGAGGAGCGUUUUAGAGAGGAAAUCCAAAAGAAAGUUAAUCAAGUGUCAGAGUUGAAAGAAAAAAUAAAUGAAUAUGAGAAUAAAAUAUCUCAUAUGCAGCAAUUGUACGAAACGGCUCGCUCGGAGCGAUCGAGCCUACAAACAGUCGUCCAAGCGUGUUCAGAAGAACGUGAUGAUCUCAAAAAGCGUCUGAGGACAGUUACGAAACAGGCGGAACAGGCAAAAGAAGAGCUCAUGGCGCGCGAAGCUGAUCAGACUAAACUUCACAAAAAUCUCGAUAGGGCCGAAAAGGAGAAAGUGGCUCUCAAAUCGGAAAUACAAAGCACAUUAACUACUCUUCAGCAUAUAAAAUCUGAGAUGAAGGAAAAACAUUUGCAAAUUGAGCGAAUGCGAAAAACUGUUGUUGAUUGUGAUGCAAAAGUGCAGAAGCUGCAGAAACAAUUAGAAAUGGCUGUUAGUGAAAAGGAUCUUAUUGCUGGUCAACUCAUUGCACGAACUGAAGAAAUUGCUUUAGUCAACGAAAAGCUUCAAGAUUUGCAACUAGCACUGGAUCGUAGUGAAGCUCAAUAUGCUCGACGUCUUGAUGAUAUUAAACUCCUGAAGGUGGAAAUUAGUGGUUUAAGAUCACAGGUUAAGCUGCUUUCCAGAGGUCUAUCUAAUACAACAGAUAUGCGUCAGGAAGUUCUCCAGUUGCACCGAAUUUUAGCACAAGAACGUGUAAAGGCAAAAGCUCUUGAGGACGAGAUGACAACCCCAAUGAAUAUUCAUCGUUGGCGUGAAUUAGGUGGACGAGAUCCAGACAAGAUGGAGUUGAUUGAAAAGAUCCAAGCAUUGCAGAGACGAGUUUUAAAGCAAACAAUCGACGCUACGCACAGAGAAAAUGCACUUCAGGAAGCCCACCAAGAGACAUUUAAACUAAGGAAGGUAUUGCUUAAGCUUCCCAGUCAUCGUAUCAAAGAGAGACUCAAUUCAACACAGCGCGCACUUAUGUUAAGAACCAAAGAGCUCAAGUCAGUAGUAGCAGAAUUAAAAGUUAAGGAUGUAGACAUCAAAAGCCAUACGACAAACUUGGAAGAAGUAAAGCAGUCGUUAGUAGAAGCUAGGAAAGAAGCUUCAAAACAAAAGAAAGAAAAGUUAAAGUUGCUAGAAACUCAGAGACUUGUGCAACAAAUUCAGAUGAUGCCAUCAACAAUGUCGUGCAACAGAUCAAUGGGAGCUGGCUACAAAAUUGUGUAAUUGCUACCACUAACAAUCAUCAUCUGGAGAAAUAUUACGGUGUAGUACUUGGUUGCAGAUAAUUGUAAAAUACCAAGAAAUAGAGAGUUUAUUAUUUGACCCAUAUUAAAUUUAAAUGCUUCAUCGGUGGAUUUCUGUGCAAAUAAUUGCGCAAGACACUGGACAUACACUUUGCUCGCGGCACUGAACAUAUUUUUCCAUCAAAGUAGAAGGUACAACAGAAACGUUUAAAAUACUAUGAGAAGACGAAAUAUGAUUUAGAAUAUCCAUAACAAUGGAAAAAGGCUUUCAAUUUCUUUAUAAUCCUCAAAUGCUAUAGUCCUAUAUUUGAGUGUUAGUAUGUGAAUUAGUAAAUCUGAGAAAAAAAAUUUAUUGGAUUAAUAAACAUACCCAAAGCCAUGUAAGAAUAAAAGAUAUUUUAGCGAUAUAUUGCGCAAUUAAGAUUUUUUUUUUAUCUUAAGACCAGCUUGUAAAAAUGCUCCAUGGA